AUGAGGAUUAAAAUGAAUGAUGGACCAACUUUCAAUUCCUUGAUGGACAUUGCAACAUGCACUUUGUUGAAAAAGGAAUUCGAGUUUGAAUGUGUGGCAGGCAAGACCAGCCUUGUUCCUAACUCUCCUGACCACUUCUGGUCAGGAGAGUUGAAUUCCUUAAAGAGGUCCUUUGAGAUGGAAGAUGUAGAAGAGGUCACUUCGUGUUCAACCAGACCUUCUCUAAAUCCCUGCCCAUCUGAAAAUGGAGAGGGGAAAAGAAUCAGGGGACCCAUGCAGAAUAUCUACCAAUCUCCCAUCGGCCUGAGCAACAUCCCCAGUCCUUCACACAGUCCGAUCCCCAAAGCCAGGAUCACUAACAGCUUGUCUUUCAACCGAGGCACCAUUCAUUUGCCUCGGGCCAAUGGGACCAACCUCAUCAGGGUGUCCUCCUUCCAAACUCGGCUGAAUCCCAAUGGAUUCUCUUCAUCUUUAGGGCCAGGAAGUGACGAGAGUCUUCACAGUUCUUCUUCCAGUUUGGGGUGUCCAACUCCCACAAGAUGCCCUCCGAAUCCCGCUCGGCAAUCUGAGUCCUCUGCAAUCGAGAUGUCUCAGCUAUCUAGUCCUUUGCAGAAGAAGUUCUCUUCCCAUGGGAAUGUCUUUCAUCCCGAGGUGGAGCGUCCCAUCCGGCAGGUCUCCAAGCCCACUGUGAAUCACGGCUCCUUGCCAUCCCUUGACUUGCAUAUCGCAGAAGACCAGGGGCCCAGUCCUACCCUUUGCUCCACCUCAAACGUUGACCCCACCAACAGGUGGAGCUCCCAAGACCAAAAUCCCAUCUCGCCUCUUCCAAAGAAUGGAACGUUACUGAGAAAGGAUUCUCCUUUCUCUACCAUGGAGCUUGUCUCUCAAUCUCCAACUGCUCAAGCUACUUCCCAGUCCUCUUUUCUUGGUUAUCCAAUGACAGUGCCAGCUCCACAAGGGAGCCCAGCUUUGGCCAACCCAAGAGAAAACUGCCCUGCUCCGAUUGACUCCGUCUCCUGCCAAGAUGCUUCCAAGGCUUCAGAUCCAGAGCCGACGUUUGACCCAUUGGAAGAGUCUGGGGACCAGCCUCUGGAGGUCUUUGAGAAGAAGGAAGAAUCUGCAGAGAAGAACUCACUAAAAGAAGAGAUUCAUCCCAAGCUUCAGCAGCUGAGCAUGGAGGACGACCUAGCAGGAGAACCAAGGCCUCAGGAUGGUCCAGCCCGCAAGACCACGGACGGUGGACUGUUUGGCUACGUGGGGAUUGAGGCAGUCCUGGAUCAGAUGCGUAUCAAGACCAUGAAGACAGGGUUUGAAUUCAACAUCAUGGUUGUAGUCUCAGUCUGGAUUUGGAAAGAUGACCUAACCGAAUGUCCUCUUCCUCUGACAGUUGUUGAAGAAAAAGGAGUGAAGAUGAAGCUGACGGUCACGGACACCCCGGGAUUUGGGGACCAGAUUAACAAUCAAAACUGCUGGGAGCCGAUCAUUCAGUAUAUCAACGAACAGUAUGAGCGCUAUUUGAAAGAGGAGGUCCUGAUUAAUCGCAAGCAGAAAAUCCCAGACACCCGUGUACACGCCUGUGUGUAUUUUGUCCCCCCCACAGGUCACUGGCUCCGCCCCUUGGACCUGGAGUUCAUGAGACGUCUCAGUAAGAUCACCAAUGUGGUGCCCGUCAUCGCCAAAGCGGACACCUUGACCCUGGAGGAAAGGGCAGAGUUUAAACAGAGGGUCCAGAAAGACCUGAAGGCCCACGGAAUCCAUGUUUACCCUCAAGUUGACUUUGACGAUGACCCGGAUGAUCGGCUUUUGAACGAUAAAAUCCGGGAGAAAAUCCCCUUUGCAGUGGUAGGUGCUGACAAGGAACACCAGGUGAAUGGGAAGAAGGUCCUGGGUCGUAAGACCAAGUGGGGGACCAUUGAAGUGGAAAACUCAGCCCACUGUGAGUUUCCUUUGCUGCGGGAUCUCUUAAUCCGGUCUCACCUCCAGGAUCUCAAGGACAUCACCCACAGUGUACAUUAUGAACAAUACCGCAUCCAGCGCCUCAAUGAAAGCAACCGGCUAGCCAAAGGUGGCGACUGGCUGGCACUGAGCUCCCUCACUUAUGAGCCACCGGGACAGCAUGGUCUCCCCUGCACCGCCUCAGCCCCACCACCCCUCCAGUAGCUGGUGCAGAUGGCUUUCCCCUU